AUGACAUAUAAUCGAAAUGGUAUUCAAGAAACAAGACAAUAUAUAAUUCGAAAAUAUAAACAGACGAAAUGUAUCAGCAAUUUGUUCGGAAGUGGAGGCAAACGAAAAACAACAGCAGCAACAGAUCGAUUUAUUGUACGAAAGAUCAAGAUCAAUCGACGAAAAUCAGCUGAUAUGGUGAAAGACGAAAUCGAAUUCGAGUUAGAAAUCUCAUUACAUGCUAAUACAAUUCAAAACAGACUUCAUGAAGCUGGAUUGUUUGGCCGUAUAGCACGAAAGAAGCCGUUGGUCAACAAAAAAUGUUUAUAUGAUACAUUGCGUGCACAAGGUGUCAAUGGUGAACCAUUUGUACCUUUGAUUGGUCAACUUCCACAAUUUCGUCGUUAUCGAAAUACUGACAUGAUUAUGAAAUUUCAAGAAGAUUUAGUGAAAAAACAUGGAGAUUUAUUUGUGUUUGGUUUUGGACCUAUAAUACGUCUUGUCAUUAAUGAACCUGAUUUACUUGCUGAUGUACUUAGUCGAACUAAUGCACAAAAUUAUAUUAAA